UAUAAUGCGUCAUUAGCAUUCAUCACAUCCGGAAAAGGCAUAUUUGAGCAUGCGGUAGCCUAACGUCAGAGAAGGAAAAUUUGGCUGAAAAUAAUUGUGAAAGAAACGUCUGUCCAGCUGUCGCAUAUCAAAUAUCGUGAUUAUGCCAUCUGACGCUAAAAAGAAGAGGGACGCCAAGAAAAAAGAGGCACUAAAGAAACGCGAUCAGAAAAAGCCACCGAAAACAGGUGAUGGAGAACCAGAUGAAAAUCACUCUUCAGAAAAUGGAUAUGAUCAGACUAAUGGAGUAGCAGGUGCAAGCAAUGGAGUUGAUGCACUUUGUGUCAAAUUGGAGGAUGUGGACCUGACAGCACAGAAUCGGUCAGUAACAGGUGUGCUGUCCUCCCACCCAGACAGCCGUGACCUCCACAUCGAUAACCUUUCUCUCCUUUUUCAUGGUGUUGAGCUUCUUGUGGAUGCCAUGCUAGAACUGAAUGUAGGGCGGCGUUAUGGUCUUAUUGGGCUGAAUGGAUGUGGCAAGUCUUCGUUGCUGGCAGCACUGCAUAACAGGGAGGUGCCUAUCCCUGACCACAUUGAUAUUUUCCUUUUGCGACGGGAAAUGCCACCCAGUGAUAAGACAGCUUUGGAAGCUGUUAUAGAAGUAGACAAAGAGCGCCUACGUCUGGAAAAGGAAGCAGAGGAUCUUGGUCAUAAAGAUGAUGUUGAAUCUCAAGAAAGGUUGAUGGCAGUGUAUGCGCGUCUGGAUGAACUGGAUGCAUCAAAGGCCAAAGCCAAGGCUGCAUAUAUUCUCCAUGGUCUUGGCUUCACAAAGGAAAUGCAGAACACAAAGGUGAAAAACUUUUCUGGAGGAUGGAGGAUGCGCAUAGCAUUAGCUCGGGCAUUAUAUGUACGACCCUCUUUACUACUUCUGGAUGAACCAACAAACCAUCUUGACCUCAAUGCUUGUGUUUGGCUGGAGGAGGAACUGAAAAAUUACCCCCGGAUUCUCGUAGUAAUAUCUCACUCCCAAGAUUUCUUGAAUGGUGUGUGCACAAACAUCAUUCACAUGCACCUGAAAGGUCUCAAGCUAUAUGGCGGUAACUUUGACAGCUAUGUGCAGACCCGUAUAGAGCUGGAAGAAAAUCAGAUGAAGCGGUACAAGUGGGAACAGGAUCAGAUUGCUCACAUGAAGAACUACAUAGCCCGCUUUGGCCAUGGCAGUGCCAAACUUGCUCGCCAAGCCCAAAGCAAGGAGAAAACUCUUAAAAAAAUGGUUGAUGCUGGGCUCACAGAAAAGGUUACAGCGGAUAAGACUCUCUCAUUCUGCUUUCCAAGUUGUGGUCCUCUCCCACCACCAGUCAUCAUGGUGCAGAACGUUAGCUUCCGCUAUGAUGAAACUAAGCCCAAUAUUUACAAAAACCUUGACUUUGGGAUAGAUUUGGACACAAGAAUUGCUCUUGUUGGUCCUAAUGGUGCAGGAAAGUCUACACUUCUUAAACUUAUAAGUGGAGAGUUAAUACCCACAGAUGGAUUGAUACGAAGGCACUCUCAUUUGAAGAUUGGACGAUAUCAUCAGCACCUUGCAGACCAGCUUGACAUUGGUCUUUCAGCACUGGAGUACAUGAUGAAAUGUUAUCCGGAUGUAAAGGAGAGAGAAGAAAUGCGCAAAAUCAUAGGUCGCUAUGGUCUCACAGGACAACAGCAGAUCUGUCCUAUUCGGAAUCUCUCAGAUGGUCAGCGUUGUCGGGUGACAUUUGCAUGGCUGGCUUGGCAGUGCCCUCACCUGCUGCUUCUGGAUGAACCUACUAAUCAUCUAGAUAUUGAGACUAUUGAUGCACUUGCAGAUGCAAUCAAUGACUUCGAUGGUGGCAUGAUUCUGGUGUCCCAUGACUUUCGUCUUAUAUCACAGGUAACUGAUGAAAUUUGGGUGUGUGAAAACCAGACCAUUACCAAGUGGCAGGGAGAUAUUUUCUCAUACAAGAAGCAGCUGACUGAUGAAACUAGAAAAGAGAAUGCAAAGUUUCUUAAAUAAUGGAGUUUAUGCCUAGUUGUCCAUGGCUUCACUGAUCAAAACAUCUGACACUUUCAAAGGACUUGAGAACCGGGAAGGAUUUUUGGACUAAAAAAUGUGAUAUGGAAGCUUUCCUUUACACGUGCAAACUGAUUAAAGAUUAUAAAUCCA